AUGCCACCAAAAUUUGAUCCUACAGAAAUUAAGAUUGUCUAUCUUCGUUGUGUUGGAGGAGAAGUUGGAGCUACAUCAGCUUUAGCUCCAAAAGUUGGUCCUCUUGGUUUGUCUCCUAAAAAAAUUGGUGAUGAUAUUGCUAAAGCUACCCAAGAUUGGAAAGGUCUUAAAGUAACAUGCAAGUUAACUAUUCAAAAUCGUGUUGCUAAGAUUGAUGUUGUCCCAUCGGCAGCCUCACUUAUUAUUAAGGAACUUAAAGAACCACAACGUGAUCGUAAGAAAGUUAAGAAUAUUAAACAUAGUGGUAACUUAACUUUUGACACAAUCCUCAAGAUUGCUCGUGUCAUGAGACCACGUUCAAUGGCUAGACAGCUCGAAGGAACUGUCAAAGAAAUUCUUGGAACCGCUCAAUCUGUUGGUUGUACCAUUGAUGGUCAACAUCCACAUGAUAUUUGUGAUGCCAUUAAUAAUGGAGAAAUCAAAGUACCCGAAGAAUAG